UAUUGGUGUUCAUAAAAUGUAUCAGUCGACUUUGGUAGAGCUUCACAGAACAUACACAUAUUACAUGGUCAUAUAGACAGGAUACUUAUAAAAACAAUCGAACAAUGGCAUACAAGAUGUUCUCCGUCGGGCUUGUUAUGCUCGCUUUCGUCGGUAUGAGCUUGUGUCAACAACAACAACAAUUCAACUCUGAUUUGCCGUCACAGUACUUGUCAUCCACCAUGUCACAGGGGUCCUUUCAGGGGUCGCCAGCAGUUGUCCAACAAGCACGUACCACAUUCGAUGACAUCGAAAGUCAAUCUGACAAACUAUCAUCUUCAAACUUGGAACAAUCACGGUCUUACCAAGAUGCUGUGCAACAACAAAAUCUAGCUCAAUCAUACCAGACAGCUUUCGGAAACACUGGUGUGCAGUACUCAACCGGUACGCCAAACUCUUAUCGUGGCAAUCAAGAUAGCCAACAGUACUACGCGCCAGCCACUCAACAGUCAGCCGAACCUAAAUUCAUCACCAAAGAAUCGUACUCGUCAUCCUUACCGGUAGUCAUUCCCGCGGCUACCCCAGCACAAUUUCAACCAGACUACAAACAACAAUUCACCACCCCCACUCAAGCUCAACAAGGCAUCUUUGGCACCGACGCUACUCAUGCUCAACAUGAAUACAGACAUCAUCAAGACUACAGAAAUCAAUAUUUUCCAUCCUUCGCUCAAGCUCAAGUAGAGUACAAACAACAGGUCGCUGCUCUUGAACAAGCGCAACUUGAGUACAAAAAACAGUUCGCUGCUAUAAGUCAGACUCAACAAGAACUUAAACAACAGUUCGCUGCACCAGUUAAAGCUCAACAAGAAUUAAAACAACAGUUCGCCGUGCUUGCGCAGGCUCAAAACGAAUAUAAGCAAGAGUUUCCCGCCCUUUCGCGUGCUCAAAAAGAGUACAAACAACAGUUCGCUGCUCUUAAUGAGGCUCAACAUGAAUUUAAACAACAGUUCACCGCCCCAACUCAGGAUCAACAAGAGUACGAACAACAAUUCGCCUCACUUAACCAAGCUCAAAAAGAAUUUAACCAGCAGUUCGUGGCCCCAGCUCAGACACCACAUGUAUAUAAUCAGCGAUUCACAGUUCCAUCUCAACAGGUAUACAGACAACAGAACACCGCCACUGCCACUGGUCCAAUAAAUUACUCGUACGUGGUCCAGUACCCGGCCACCCAGAUUAAAUCACAAACAGCCGCUGCCGUCCAACCGAAAUUCCAGUACGCCACCAAUCCACUACAGUUCCAAACACAGCAGUACUACAACGCCGUGCCCAGCGGACAGGUCAUCGUCACCGAACAGCCUGCACGCGUCCCAAAGUCAGCAACAAAUCAACCGUCGAAUGGAGUUUUCAUUUCCACCACACCAACCCCAUUGAAAGAAUCGGCCGUCUACAAGUCUGAAUCAACAUCAACACCGAGACAAUAA